AUGCAUGUGUGUGUCUGUGACAGUCUUCCUCUUCCGUAUUUCACCAGUGCACUACCAAGAGCCCUGUAUUUCUGAAGCUCUCACAGCCUUGCAUUUCAAAGUUAAAUAUUUGAUCAAACAUUUUCAGAACAAAAUGCAUGUUUGCUAAGGAUUUAACUUCUAGAAGCUAAUAUCAAAUUAAUCCUGGGAAUUUGGAUUUGAUAGUUUUCCCUUCUGCAUUAUUUCGAGAGUCUUGUAUUUGUAUUAAGUUUUCCAAUGACCAAUUUUUUUGUUACCAGAAUUCAAAAUCUUGACUCCAUUGGUGCAAUAGUUUUUGAAAGAAAUUAGUUUUUAUUUUGUGUGUGCGCGCGUGUUUCAUUUGGCAGUUUUUAGUUGCUUUUGCGAUUGCAGCAACAAUUUGCGUUGUCCAAUUGGAAAUGGAGAGCGGUGAUAUACAUAGAGCCGGAAAUGGUCGCCAAUUAGGCAGUUCUUUGAGAUGGAUGAACAAUGGUAUGGAAGUUUUUUCGAGGUCUUCACGUGGAGAAGAUGAAGAAGUUGCUCUUAAAUGGGCAGCACUUGAGAAGCUUCCCACUUACAACCGUUUGAGGAAAGGUAUACUCACUAUGCCGGGUGGUGAAGCUAGUGAAAUUGAUAUACCAAAUCUUGGCUUCCAAGAAAGAAAGGAAUUGAUUGAGAGGUUCCUGAAAGGCAACGAUGAGGACAACGAGAGGUUCUUGCUGAAGCUUAAGAAUCGAAUCGAUAGGGUUGGAAUUGUUCUUCCAACAAUUGAAGUUCGAUUUGAGCAGUUAAAUAUAGAAGCGGAAACUUAUGUAGGCAGCAGAGCUUUGCCUACACUCUUUAACUUCUGUGUUAACAUUAUCGAGGACAUCUUGAUUGGUCUCCGUAUUCUUUCAAGUAGAAAGACUCAUCUGUCGAUCCUCCACAAUGUUAGCGGAAUCAUAAAGCCUAGCAGGAUGACAUUGCUAUUGGGUCCUCCAAGUUCUGGUAAGACCACGCUCUUGUUGGCUUUGGCAGGAAAGCUGGAUCCGGACCUAAAGCUUUCCGGAAGGGUGAGUUAUAAUGGGCAUGGAAUGAAUGAAUUUGUACCCCAAAGAACUGCUGCCUACAUCGGUCAACAUGACCUUCAUAUUGGAGAAAUGACUGUAAGGGAAACCUUGGCCUUUUCUGCAAGAUGCCAAGGGGUCGGAACACGUUAUGAUAUGCUCUCAGAAUUGUCCAGAAGAGAGAAAGAAGCUAAUAUCAAGCCUGAUCCAGUCAUUGAUGUCUUCAUGAAGGCAAUAUCAACAGAAGGGCAGGAGGUGAACGUCGUGACAGAUUACAUUCUAAAGAUUCUGGGACUGGAAGUCUGUGCUGAUACCAUAGUAGGGGAUGAAAUGUUAAGAGGCAUCUCUGGAGGACAAAAAAAGCGUGUCACAACAGGUGAGAUGCUUGUUGGACCUGCGAGGGCAUUGUUCAUGGACGAGAUAUCUACUGGUUUGGACAGCUCAACGACAUUUCAAAUUGUGAAUUCAAUCAAGCAAUGCAUUCACAUUCUUAAUGGAACGGCAGUCAUCUCACUCCUACAGCCAGCACCAGAGACUUACGAUCUUUUUGAUGAUAUUAUCCUCCUCUCGGAUGGGCAGAUUGUGUACCAGGGUCCCCGCGAACAUGUGCUUGAGUUUUUUGAAUCUAUGGGGUUCAAAUGUCCUGAGAGGAAAGCCAUUGCUGACUUCCUACAAGAGGUGACAUCAAGGAAAGACCAGGAGCAGUAUUGGGUACGGAAAGAUGAACCCUACAGUUUCAUAACAGUUAGGGAAUUUUCGGUGGCAUUUCAAUCAUUCCUUGUGGGACAGAAACUUGGAGAUGAAUUGUCCAUUCCAUUCGACAAGAGCAGAAACCACCCGGCAGCUUUGACAAUCAAAGAGUAUGGUCUUAAAAAAGGAGAACUGUUGAAAGCUUGCUUCUCAAGAGAAUAUUUGCUCAUAAAGAGGAAUUCCUUUGUCUACGUCUUCAGGCUGACUCAAUUGAUAGUCAUGGCUCUGAUCACCAUGACAAUCUUCCUACGAACAAAGAUGCCCCGUGAUUCAGUAGAUGAUGGAGGAGUUUAUAUGGGUGCUUUGUUCUUCUCAGUGGUCAUGGUGAUGUUCAAUGGGAUGGCAGAGCUUUCGAUGACCAUUAUGAAGCUUCCCGUCGUUUAUAAGCAAAGAGACCUCCUAUUCUUCCCUGCAUGGGCAUUUGCUCUUCCAACAUGGAUUCUCAAGAUCCCUAUAGCAUUUAUAGAAGUAGGAGUUUGGGUGUUCAUGACCUACUAUGUGAUUGGAUUUGAUCCAAAUUUUGAUCGGUUUUUCAGGCAAUAUGUACUGCUGUUACUUGUUAAUCAGAUGGCUUCUGCAUUAUUCCGUUUUCUUGCAGCAGCGUGUAGGAACUUAAUUGUUGCUAACACCUUAGGGUCAUUUGCAUUGCUCAUACUUUUCACACUGGGUGGCUUCGUGCUUUCGAGAGAUGAUAUUAAAAAAUGGUGGAUUUGGGGUUACUGGAUUUCACCUAUGAUGUAUGCUCAGAAUGCAAUAUCAGUUAACGAACUACUCGGGAAAAGUUGGAGACAUGUGCUCCCAAACUCAACAGUAGCUCUGGGAGUUGCAGCUUUGAAGUCCCACGGAGUCUUUCCACACGAAUAUUGGUACUGGAUAGGUGUUGGGGCAAUGGCUGGAUUUGCAUUACUAUUCAACAUUUUUUACAUUGUCGCUCUCACGUACCUAAACCCACUUGGGAAACCUCAGGCUGUUAAAUCUGAAGAUUCACAAAGCAAUGAAAACGAUGGAAGAACAGAAAGAACAAGUCAGUUACCACGCAGCCAAAAUAGCUCAAGUCAACAAACCAAGACAGAGAGUAGGAAUCAAGAAGCUAUUCGUAACAACAGAAGAGGGAUGGUUCUUCCAUUUGAACCUUAUUCCAUCACUUUUGAUGAAAUUAUAUACUCAGUUGACAUGCCACAGGAAAUGAAGACCCAAGGUGUCGUAGAGGACAAAUUAGUGCUUCUGAACGGGGUGAGUGGUGCUUUCAGGCCAGGUGUUUUAACAGCUUUGAUGGGUGUGAGCGGUGCUGGAAAAACCACUCUCAUGGAUGUAUUGGCGGGUAGGAAGACUGGCGGAUAUAUUGAAGGAGACGUCAAAAUUUCUGGCUACCCAAAGAAGCAAGAAACAUUUGCUCGGAUUUCUGGAUAUUGUGAACAAAAUGACAUCCACUCCCCUCAUGUGACUGUCCAUGAGUCUUUGCUCUACUCAGCAUGGCUUCGUUUGCCAUCAGAAGUUAAGGCUGAAACCAGAAAGUUGUUCAUUGAGGAAGUGAUGGAACUUAUAGAACUGAAGCCAUUGAGGCAAGUGCUAGUUGGGCUGCCUGGCGUGAAUGGUCUCUCAACUGAGCAGCGCAAACGGCUAACCAUUGCAGUUGAACUAGUAGCGAACCCCUCGAUAAUAUUUAUGGAUGAGCCAACUUCAGGUUUAGAUGCAAGAGCUGCUGCAAUUGUCAUGAGAACAGUUAGGAACACAGUGGACACUGGAAGAACAGUUGUUUGCACCAUCCACCAGCCCAGCAUUGACAUAUUUGAAGCUUUCGAUGAGUUACUCCUACUGAAGCGAGGAGGACAAGAAAUAUAUGUCGGGCCAUUGGGUCGCCACUCUUGCCAUCUAAUCCAGUAUUUUGAGGGAAUUGAAGGAGUCAGUAAAAUAAAAGACGGUUAUAAUCCAGCAACUUGGAUGCUGGAAGCUACGACUUCAGCACAAGAAUUAUCUUUGGGGAUUGAUUUUGCCCAAGUUUACAAAAAUUCAGAGCUAUACAGGAGAAACAAGCAACUUAUUAAAGAAUUCAGCACACCAGCUCCUCCUUCAAAGGACCUCUAUUUCCCCACUCGAUACUCGCAACCAUUUCUCGUACAGACCAUUGCUUGCUUAUGGAAACAACAUUGGUCAUAUUGGCGCAACCCGUUAUAUAAUGCAGUAAGAUUGCUCUUCACAACUAUCAUAGCGUUGAUGUUGGGGUCAAUGUUCUGGAACCUCGGCUCCAAAACAAGAAGGCAACAAGAUUUGUUCAAUGCAAUGGGUUCUAUGUAUACUGCCGUUCUCUUCCUCGGGAUACAAAAUGCUACCUCAGUGCAGCCUAUAGUGGCUAUUGAAAGAACAGUCUUCUAUAGAGAAAAGGCAGCAGGGAUGUAUUCUGCUUUGCCAUAUGCAUUUGCUCAGGUUUUGAUUGAGCUCCCAUAUAUUUUACUACAAGCGGUUGUUUAUGGUGUCAUAACUUAUGUGAUGAUCGGAUUUGACAUGACUUUUGUUAAAUUCUUUUGGUACCUAUUCUUCAUGUACUUCACAUUGUUGUACUUCACAUUUUACGGCAUGAUGACUGUGGCUGUGACACCAAACCAUCAUGUUGCUGCGAUUGUUUCCUCUGCAUUUUAUGCACUGUGGAACCUCUUUUCAGGCUUCAUCAUCCCACGGCCGAGGAUUCCCAUAUGGUGGAGAUGGUAUUACUGGGCGUGUCCGGUGGCUUGGACCUUGUAUGGAUUGAUCGCAUCACAGUUCGGAGAUCUGAACGAUAUGCUCGAUAAUGGUCAAACUGUCGAACAAUUUCUGAGAAGUUACUUUGGUUUCAGACAUGACUUUGUGGGAGUUGUUGCAGUAGUGCAUGUUGGGGUUACAGUGCUCUUUGGAUUCAUCUUUGCCUUCUCUAUUAGGGCGUUUAAUUUCCAAAUGCGAUAAAUGUAUCUUUGUAUUAUUCGCGAAGAUAAAUUUUAGAUUACUAAAAUAAACAUAUCAAGUCAUUGGAAUUCCUUUAAUCACCGUUACAUAAUUUGCGGUAGGAUAGUGCUAUCCGCACAUCCAUUUUUA